AUGGAGGCGACGGCUGUGGCUGUGGUGACGUCAGCGGGGGUCGUCACCUUCGUCUCCGUUUACCGUCCUCCUCGCUACCUGCUGGACGUCGACGAUGCCUAUGCGCUGCUCCGUCUCCCGGGGAAGCUCUUUUUGGCCAGCGACUUCAACGCCAAACAUGCGGCGUGUAAUUCUCUGCAUACCACCCACAGCGGCCGCCAGUUCCAUCGAGUCAUCGACAGGGUUGGUGCCUACGCUUGCGGGCCCGACGAGCUGACCUGCUACCCGUCCCGUGGCACGCCGGACGUCCUUGAUUUCGCCAUCACCAAAGGCCUGCAUCAAUUCAUGACUGCUGAUGUCGUCCAUGAGUUGAAUUCCAACCAUCUGCCGGUCCUCUUCAAUCUUGCUGUUGAUCCCGCCGUCAGCUCGCCUCGGCUUAAUCUUCCACCGCUGCUCCGAUCCACGCCGCUGUCCCGGGGUUCGCUGUUCCGGCGCCCGGGACUACCGGCCGACAUCUUGGAUCUAAUCCGGAUCAGCAACCGUCUCAGCAAGGAAUGGCGCCUUACCCGUUACCCCCUUCUGAAGCGGCGCGUCAAUCUUCUCCGUCGUAACAUUAAGGCCGCCAUUAACGCCCACAAGAACGAACAGUCGGCUCAGAAGCUGGCAUCGUUCACCCCGGAUCCCAACGCAUGGGACGCGGUGCGCUUCUUUACCAAGCGGAAGCACCCUCUGCCCCCUCUGGACUCGCCGACUGGUGUUGCCUAUACACCCGUGGAUAAGGCUAACGCCCUUGCUGAUGUAUUUCAGGCGAACUUCGUCCCACUCGACGAUCCUGUGGACCAACAGUUCGUUCAUGAUGUGGACCGUGGCCUCGAGGCCUACCUCUCUGUCGACCGCCCUGACGACGAUCAUCUUCCCAUCUUCACCACCGAUGAAGUGACCACCUGCAUCUGGGCGAUGGCCGCUAAAAAGGCUCCUGGCGCCGACGACGUCCCUGGGAGGGCGCUCAGGGAAUUGCCUCCUGCAGCACAUGCGUACCUGCCCCGCCUUUUCACUGCAAUUCUGCUAUCCUCCUUCACAUCGGAUGCGCACUUCUGGGACGCUGUGAGGUUCUUCGCCAAACGGAAGGCCUUCAUUCCUCCUCUGGGCGUUCCUGCCGGCGUCGCUUAUGCACCUUUAGACAAGGCCAACGCGUUGGCCGACAUCUUUGAGGCGAACAUUCGCCCCAUCGAUGACCCCAUCGACCUGCAGCAUGUUCACCACGUGGAGGGGGCUAUGGCCACGUACUUGGCGGAAGACACUGGCGAGGAGGACGAUCUGCUCGUUCCCAUCACUCCGGCGGAAAUCAAGUCCACCGUUGCUGCCUUAUCGUCGACCAAGGCGCCGUGUGCUGACGACGUUCCUGUGGGGGUCCUGAAGGAAUUGCCGCACAUCGCUUUCGUGAUACUGGCCACUAUUUUUAACAGCAUCAUCUGGACGUCUAAUUACCCAACAGCUUGGCGGCGUGAGAUUGUUGUGGCUGUUCCUAAACCGGGCCAAGAACCUCGUGCCAAGGGUGUUCCAUCAGCAGGAGUCGUCUGCUUCUGCUAA